CACAAAGAAAGGAAAAUAUUCCCUUUUUUUAAGGCUGGUUUUUAUUUAAUUGGCUUAUAAAGCAUUUGUGUCAUAUACUUGUACACUCUGUGAAUGACUGCAUCUUCACAUUAAGUAUUCUAAGUAAACAAUUUAAAUGCUUGUGUAUGAAUGCCAGUGUCUCCUUGCGUAUAUUUACAGUCACUAAAGGUAGUUCUCCGAAGCACAAAGUCCAACCCAUCCUUCACUCCCAUAUUUACACCCAGUCAUGCCUACAUUGGAUAGAUCAUGAACCAUACAUUGUUGUCCAAUUUCCUCCUAGAGGUGUCUGAUUUCAAGACUGUCAGCUUGUUAGUUUGUGUGUGUGGAGUCAAGGAGACACUAAGCAAGAUGCGUCUAAGGGAGGUUUGCUCCUUUAAACUAGAGGUGCUGAAAAAUGUAUUCAUAUUCGCCUUGACUACUUUUUCCCUUUUUUUAUGGAGCAGCUCAAAGAAUAUGUGCUACAACACUGAUCACACGCCAGAGGCAGGUGCUUUACUUACCAGUGACCUGGGAGAAUUACUGACAUGUUCAGCCAUAAUCCGAGGGGAUGUGGAAGGACUCAAUGACGAGGACCUCGGCAGACUUCUGAAGAAGAGAAAACGCGCACCUUUGCCAGAGUCUUUCUAUCUCAGUUCAACAAAGGAUUGCAGUGCUUAUAUCAAAGACAGGGGAUUUCUAACCGUAGCUCUCAGUGAAGAAGAGAGGGACUUUCCUAUUGCCUAUUCCAUGGUGAUCCAUGAGAAGAUCGAGAUGUUUGAGAGGCUACUCAGAGCUGUGUACACACCACAGAAUGUGUACUGUGUGCAUGUGGACAAGAAGUCUCCAGAAAAUUUCACGAAGGCUGUGGAAGCCAUUGUUUCUUGUUUUCCAAAUGUGUUUGUGGCAAGCAAACUGGAGAGGGUUGUUUAUGCCUCUUGGUCUCGAGUCCAAGCUGACCUGAACUGCAUGAAUGAUCUGAUGGACUCGACUGUUGAGUGGAAGUACCUUAUCAAUACCUGUGGAACUGACUUCCCCAUCAAAACCAACACAGAGAUGGUUCGAACACUAAAUAUGCUAAAUGGACGGAACAGCUUAGAGUCUGAGGCAACUCCUGGGCACAAGAAAGCUCGCUGGGAGUACCACCAUAAUGUCACUGAGUCUGAUGUCAUUCGGACUGGCAUUAGGAAGAGCCCCCCUCCCAUCAGUACCCCAAUGUUCUCUGGAAAUGCUUACUUUGUGCUGUCGAGAGAGUUUGUGGAGCACUUGUUUAAAAGCCCAGAGGCUAAAGCUUUGAUGAAGUGGGAGAAGGACACAUACAGUCCAGAUGAGCACCUUUGGGCAUCUCUUCAGCGCAUGCCAGGUAUGCCAGGGUCCAGUCCUCCCAACAACAAAUACGACAUGACGGACAUGAACUCCAUAGCCCGUCUGGUGAAGUGGGUUUAUCAUGAAGGAAAUGUAAGGAGGGGGGCAUCUUAUCCCCCAUGCAAUGGAGGAUACAGAAGAGCAGUGUGUGUGUAUGGUGUCGGUGAUCUCAACUGGAUUCUCAGGCAUCAGCAUCUUUUUGCCAACAAAUUUGACCCAGAGGUCGAUGAAAUUGCACUUAAGUGCCUGGAACAUUACUUGCGCUAUAAAACUUUAACCGGUCAAUCACUUCAGUUUGCUGAAAAAUCUCACAUAAUGAAAAGGUACCUACCUUAAAGUUUUACCAGAAUUAUUUAUGUGAAUUUAUUAGGGCUGCAUGAUGUGGUGAAAAAGUGAUAUUGCGAUUAUUGUGGACAAUAUUGCGAUAUGCAAUAUAGAGUAAUAAACAAAUGGUAUUGUAACCUCAUAUUUUAUGGCUUUGGGUUAAUUAAGAUAAACAAAUUAAUGUAGAACUUAUUGUUAUUUUUAGGUGGCCAAUACCAUUAAAUUUAACUUGGCUAAUUUUAGACAUGUAAGGCCAUACUUAACUACAGAGGCAGCCAAACUUUUUAUGCAUGCCAUGAUCUUUUCUCACAUCUCGUACUGUUACACAAGCUGGUCAAAAGCAAGUACAACAACUCUGAAAUCAUCAAUAGAGACCCUCUACAAGCAGACCUUAAAAACUCUAGCCCAGAAACUAGAGAUACCAUUGCCAUGAAACAGCUAUCACCAUUGCCACAUAACAACAAAGUAUAACUUAUUCAAAUUUGACAGUUUCUUACAGUUUUCGGAUGCCUGUCUCAUUUUUUAAAUAUUACAUGGGCUGGCACCUCCACCAUUGAAUGAAUUUAUAAAGCUGAAGGAUGGCAAUGGCUGGGCAACUAGGGCAGCCACCAGGGGAGACUGUGUUAUACAGUAUAGACACAGUACGUUUGGACGGACAGUCUUCUGAGUACGCGCCUCUAAAUACUGGAAUACCCUCCCUAUUGAUGUAAGAGAGUGCGCCAGUUUUUCAGUGUUCAAAAACCAACUUUAGAAAUGGAUACAAAAUAACCAUAAUUAGGCCACUGCAUUACUCACACCGUAACUUCCUUUUAUGUCUAACACCUUGUAUGUCUGUCUGGUUUUUACAAUGUGUUAUCUUAACUGCACUGUUUUGUCAAACUGUUGUUUACCUUGUAUGUCUGUCUGGUUUUUACAAUUUGUUAUCUUAACUGCACUUUUAUGUCAAACUGUUGUUUAUCUUUUUUUUAUUAUUAUUUCUUUCUGUCUCUCCCUGUCAUGUCCUGCCACUGGACAACGGAUGAAAACUAGCUAACCUAGCUAAUUCCGGUGCAUUUACAUUUUUUUGGAAAUGUUUAUUAAUGUACACUGUCCAUUUUCAAAUAAACGCAUAAAUAAAAACAUUUUGUUUUCAUGCACCAAUACCAGUUACCUAGUCUGCUGGGUCAUGAGAUAUUGGUUUCCAGGGGGAUGUACCCAGGGGUAAGGUUUACUUUUGGGGAGAAGAGAUGUGGAUUGGAAGUGUGCUGUUUUGCUCUGCUGCGUUCGGUGAAUAAAGUAAACUCCAAACAAUACAAUUAGUGAAACAAUACGCACAAGCAUUCAGACACUGAUACAGAGGUAUGAGCUUAUAUAGGCUACACAUUUUGCGAUUUACACCUGGGAAAUUACACUAGGGCAUUUAUAAAUGCAUUCAUAAAUACAACACACAGACUCUUAUUCGCUAACU